ACAUAGACGCCGCCAUGUUUAAUCAUGUGACGUGAAAGGUGAUGCAAUCGGCAGGUUGAAUCGGGCGAAGCAUUCGGUUAGUGUGUCCACCCAUUCGGCCGAAUAAAAUUCUGCGCCGAUUGAUUCGGCCGAACGAUUCGGCUUAUGUGUCCACUGCUUUAGACGAAAAUAUCAGCCAAAUAGCUCUUGGAAUGGCUACAGAUGCAAGGAAAUGACGGAUAAGUUUAUUGGGGGGGGGGGGGGCUCUCAGAGGCGUGCCCCGUCUCCGCGGUCACUGCCCUCAUUUUUCGGCGCCCCCCCCCCUUUUCAAAAUUCCUAGAUCCGCCCCUGAUUUGUAGGACACGCCACCGUUUAGUACCAUUAUCGUCUCCCAAACUCAACAGAUAACAAGACUGACUGUAAAUAGUAGAGUUAGGAGAUAGAGGUUGAUAUUGUAUGACCUAGUUAUAUACAAUACAGAUAUAUUAGCAUGGAGAGUCUGAAAGCUUGUGUCGUCAUAAUAACAGGUGCGAGUGUUGGUAUAGGACGAGGAACGGCGAUAUACUUCUCUAGACUUGGUUGUAAACUGUCUCUAACUGGUCGAAAUAAAGCUAAAUUAGAUGAAACGGUGUUCCUAUGUACAGAAGCUGGCAUAUCACCUGAUAAUAUUAUAACAACAACAGGAGACCUGAGACAAGAGACUACGAGGAAAUCUAUUAUAGAAUCAACUAUAGCCAAGUUUGGUCGACUGGAUGUUCUGAUCAAUAAUGCUGGAACCUUAUAUACAUCUUUAACUUUAUCGACACCUGAAGAAGGUUAUGAUGACGUCAUGGAUGUUAAUAUGAAGGCACCAUUUUUACUAACACAGCUAGCAGCCCCACAUUUAAUACAAUCAAAAGGGUGUAUAGUCAAUGUUUCAAGUAUAUGCGGAUCUAAAGUGAUGCCAGAGAUUGGUGUGUAUUGUAUGAGUAAAGCUGCUAUGGAUAUGUUCACACAAUGUGUGGCUUUAGAAUUGGCACCAAAAGGAGUUCGAGUAAACGCUGUAAAUCCAGGUGCAGUUGUUAGCGAUAUAUAUCGUAGAGCCAAUACAAACAGUAAAUAUGAAAAUGAUGAAGCGUACCAAAAGUUUUUGGUACAACAAGAUGGCCUCCAUCCAUUAGGUAGAGUUGGUCAACCAGAAGACGUAGCUAAAACAAUCGCCUAUCUAGCAUCUGACCAGGCUAGUUAUAUUACUGGUCAGUUGUUAUAUGUUGAUGGUGGACGACAUUGUGUUAGUUCUACAACAGCCAAACCGUCGUAGAUAGAUAUUAUGGUCCUGGCUGAUAGGAACUGUACCUAUGCUGAAAGAUGACCGCGUUAAAUUGAAUUACUUGUUAAAUACAUCCUGAAAUAUUUUAUAAUGUGUUUGUAUAAAGAUAUUGAACUGUGAGAUUACUCUUGAAGUUAAUAGUGCUUCAAACAAUAUGUUAUAAUUUGUCAUUGUCUACAAAUUAACCAGAAUAUUUUAUAAACUGCUGUAUAAUAUUUACAUCAGAUAAAAUUGGCUAUUUGAUUAUCUGCUAUAGAAUAAAUCAUAUUGAUUUGUUAUUUGAUUAUCUGCUAUAGACUAAAUCAUAUUAAUUUGUUAUUUGAUUAUCUGAUAUAGAAUAAAUCAUAUUAAUUUGUUGUUUUAUUAUCUGCCAUAAAAUGAAUCAUAUUAAAUUGUUGUUUGAUUAACCGCUAUAGAAUAAACUAUAUAAAUUUGUUAUUUUAUUAACUGCAAUAUAAUACGCCAGACAUCAUAUUUGUUAUUAAAUUAACUGCUGUAAAAUUAAUCAUAUAAAUUUAUUAUUUGAUUAACUGCCGCAAUAUAUAUCAUAUACAUUUGUUAUUUGAUGAACUGCUAUAUUAUAUAAUAUACCGAUUGU